AUGGCGUGGACGAAGCCGUACGGCAAGACACUUGCGCGCUUACGUUUCCGGAAAUCGCUGGAAUCUGGUAUAUUUACCGCGACGUUUGUCGUCGCGAUAUUGACCGUAUCAAUCUCAGCAUCCACGAUCCUUCCAUGCCCUGCGAAUGGGAAGGGUUCUGUAAAGGACCGCAUGGAUCCACACACGCGCGGCGCAUUCGCACAAGAGGAGCAGAAAACGAAUGAUACACCAAACGCACCGAAAGACACACUGCCCGUUGGCGGUCUGGGCCAGCGCGCGCUGCUGACGAAACGCGGCGGCUGGAUCGAGAUUGACGAGCGUCCCCCGUUUUUCUCGUGGCGGCGCUGGACUGGCUCCUAG